GACAAAUCGUGGCCCAAAUUAAAAUUUUAAAAGGCUUUGCAAAGCCUGGGGUUCACGUUUGUGGGCGCCUUCAAAGCUCUGAAAAACUUAAGCCUUCUCAACUGCGAUUCUGGUCAUUGGACCAAUCGCUCUUGACGGAAAUAAAACCGGGUCCCAUAUUUCGGAUCUAUCUUUUUGUACUAAUUUUACUUUUUAUAUAUAGGAUAUCCUUACUUCUAAAAUGAUGGAUUCACACUGCAUCUGAAUGACAAAUUGAAUGUUACCCUGCGAAGUGAUCUCAUUCAUGGCUAUAUUUAAACUACUUGUAAAACAAGAAGAUCAAUGAAAGUUAUUCAUCUAUUUACAGAUUUUGUUAGUUGAACUCUUAUUACGGACACUUGAAUUCAAGACUUUCAUCCGUUACAGUUUUUUUUUUUUUCUCUGCUGAUUAGAAAAGUGACCACGGAUCAAUUUGAUGUGUUAUUAUAAAUUUUGAUUUUUUAAUUUGUGGCUGAGUCCAAACCUCCACACUUUUUGAACAGCAUUUAACACAAGAAGUUAAAUGAUGGCUUUAUCGAAGGUAAAUUCUCGACAUACUCCGUUUCAUCCCUGCAGUUUUCAUGAGCAAUUCCCAUACUGAAAAGACGUCAGUGUUAAAACAUUACCGCCUUUGAAGCCCGGAGACUUUUUCUCGCAACUGAAGCUGAUCAAGGGGGAUGUCACGCACCUAAGGUGUUUACACAAAAGGAAGAAGCGCGAACUGCUCAUUGAUAAGAACACUUCAUCGUCCGGGCAAGAAUGCCCAGGGUACCGUGAGGAACUCUUCGAAGGUCCCAAAUGAAGUCUCCCCACUUUCCACCUGUCGUCCUCAGCGCGGUGUCGGCACUUCUGUGCGCGCUCCCGCUGAGCCGGGCGACCAGCUGGCUGUCUUUGGUCAAGCAGCCAUUAGCCCGAAGUCUACGUGACUCUGACAGCUGCGCCCUCCUUAAAGGAUUAAGUGCUGGUCAGGUACAGCUCUGUCGUCAGCAACUGGAGGCAAUGGAUUCAGUACGGCGGGGUGCUGAGAUUGCCAUUGAGGAGUGCCAGCACCAGUUUCGGACACGACGAUGGAACUGCUCUACAGUACAGGGGAUCAAUGUGUUUGGAAAAGUUGUCAUGCAAGGCACACGUGAAGCAGCAUUCAUUCAUGCAAUCUCUUCAGCUGGAGUGGCAUUUGCUAUCACCCGAGCGUGCAGCCGUGGGGAGUUAGAGAAGUGUGGCUGUGACCGCAAAGUGCGCGGAGUCAGUCCUGAAGGUUUCCAGUGGUCUGGAUGUUCUGACAAUCUCUCUUAUGGCGUAUCAUUCUCACAGUCAUUUGUUGACAACCCUGAAAGGAUCCGGGGUUCUUCUUCCAGCCGAGCACUUAUGAACCUACACAAUAAUGAAGCUGGACGAAAGGCAAUUCUAAAUAACAUGCGAGUGGAAUGUAAAUGCCAUGGAGUAUCUGGGUCUUGUGAAGUUCGAACAUGUUGGAAGGUCAUGCCACCAUUCCGCAGAGUAGGAGUUGUACUGAAGGAACGAUUUGAUGGAGCAACUGAGGUUGAGCAACGGAAAGUUGGAUCUCGAAAAGUUCUGGUGCCCAAAGACACCCAUUUUAAGCCUUACACUCUACAGGACUUAAUCUACCUCUCAGGAAGUCCAGAUUUUUGUGAACUGGACCCCCGUGGAGGAAUCCCUGGCACUGCAGGCAGGCAGUGCAAUGCCACUUCCUCCAGGCUGGCAGCAGAUGCUUGCGACCUCAUGUGCUGUGGCAGAGGUUUUCAUACCGAGCAUGCUGAGGUUAUUGAGAGGUGUAGCUGUAAGUUCCGCUGGUGCUGCUCAGUGCAAUGCAAACAGUGCCGGAAUAUGGUACAAGUCCACACCUGCAGAUGAGCAAAACAAGUGACAGUAAAGCACUGGCUGUUUGCAUUGUGCACAAGAUCAUGAAAUGCAAAGGACUUGAAACAGCAAAAUCAUUUACUGCGUUUAUUAUGUUUGUGUCUACUCUAAAACCUUCAAAAAACAUUGGUUUCAAACCAUGCAUUUUGCUUUAAGUAUGAAUAACUAAUUCCUGUACCAUUUCAUCAGGAAAAUUCCACAUACACAACUUAAUGUGGAUUAAUUAGACAAACUCCAUAGACUAGUUAACAGUGCCUUUCCUGUAAACAUUAUGAUUUAAAUAUAGUACCUAGGGAUGAUCUGAAGAAUGUUGAGUUUACACUAUAUUCAAAACUUAAAAAAAAAAAAAAAAAA